CCAAAUCUCGCUCCUGUUACUACAUAUACUUUGUUGACCUCAAGAUACAAACCAAGGCAAGAUAGAUAUAGUUACCACAAUGUACAACAUCUUGAUACAAACAUGUCCAAGAUGACAGUCCAAAAGAUGCAAAUCAAUUCUGAAGCAAAUAGAUAUAUAUCGCACGUUAACACCAGCCCAAAACCUAUUUCUUUCCCAAAUAAUCAACAAAGACCUAGACAUCUGUCAAAUAAUUCGGUUAAACAAUUCACAUCACCAACACACAUCACUCACACAUUACCUAACCAGGUAUUAUCCCGCCUUACUGAGCCGAAUCUCGUGCCUGUUACCACAUAUACUUUGUUGAGCUCAAGAUACAAACCAAGGCAAGAUAAAGAUAGUUACCAUAAUGUACAACAACUUGAUCCAAACAUGUCCAAGAUGACAGUCCAAAAGACGCAAAGCAAUUCUGGAGCCAAUAGAUAUAAAUCGCAUAUUAACUCUAGUCCACAGCCUCUUUCUUUGCCAAAUAAUCAACAAAGACCUAGAGAUCUGUCAAAUAAUUCGGUUAAACAAUUCAAACAAUUCACAUGGGUGGGUUCAAGUGACGAGAAUUUUCAAUCUUCACGUGGUGAACCAGUGAGUUUAAAUAACAGAUACAAGCAAACAACUAAAUUUCCACCAAAUUCUCCUCAAAUUCAUCUAAAUGAGAUUAAAAAUGUAAAUGAUGAUGAAAGUAAUGUUUAUCCAUCACAUUAUACAACAGAUAUUAAUCCAAGUCCUGGCCAAAUAGAACCUAAAAGCAGUUAUACGAUUCCGCACACUACUCAUAGUCCAAAACCUCAUCCCGUUUAUCACAAUACUGUAAACUACAAAAAACUUCCACUACCUCAUGAACCUAGACACUAUGACCAGUCUCAACACGGAGAACAUACCACUGUCACUGACCUAUCAGAAUUAGAUCCAUUCCUAAAUGGUAAAUUGCAAGUUCGUCACGACUCGUUUAAACCUAACUACAUACCGAACAAACAAACCACUGUUAAAAAUAAUAUGCCUGUAGUUGUUACAAAAAUAAAAGAAACCUAUAGCAAUGAAAAAUUGAAUCAUCACUCUUCCGAUGACGCGCAGGAAUUUAUAGACCAUUAUCAACAAACUAAUGUUUCACCUGCAAUGCCUGUGGUACACAAGUAUAACCAAUCCGGUGGUAUGAACAAAUUAUAUAUUGACAAAAAUUAUGUGCCUCCUAGAAGUCACCAAAUGACGUCUGACCUCAAAAGUAGUGAAAUUAAUCCUCUAACUGCUUCGUAUCCAAAUGUUCUUGGCCAAACACUAUAUCCUGCAGAGUCUCAAAUGAAAUUUCCUCCAACUCAGUCGCAAACAGCUCAUUCGAAUCCUGAUCCUACUAACCCUGUUCCCGGUCGAGUUCCUUUAGAAAAGGAUCCCCAAAACCGGUUAAAAUUUGAACCGUCACAAGUUGUGAAUCCUGAUAAAAAACCACAUUCAACUCCAUCGAGACAUUUUCAGAACACACAUUUACCUGGCUCAGUAAAUCACAGGCCAAAUGACAAUUUGUUACAUGCCGAUAAUGCCAACCAAAAUCCUUUACAUCACAAUAGACUACCUAAUAACUUGCCAUAUCCUUUACAAAAGCAAAAUUUACCAGUAUCAGAAGAGGGUGAAAAAUCUCGGAUACAAUAUCACCAUAGGCCUAGACAUUCUUGGAAUAAUCCACAUGUGGGUCACAAAAAUCCAUCGCAUUUCAAUCCAAAUCAACCACAAUCAAUACAAAAACCACAACCUCAUCUUGAAACUCCAUAUUAUUAUAACCAUCAUGAAAAUCACAAAAAUCCAUCGCAUUUCAAUCCCAAUCAACCACACCCAAUACAAAAACCACAACCUCAUCUUGAAACUCCAUAUUAUUAUAACCAUCAUGAAAAACACAAAAAUCCAUCGCAUUUCAAUCCCAAUCAACCACAAUCAAUACAAAAACCACAACCUCAUCUUGAAACUCCGUAUUAUUAUAACCAUCAUGAACCAAGAGAUGGUGGUACACCGCGUUCGGUCGAUUUGCCAAAUCAUGCUAAUACUGUUCUGCACACUCAUCUUCCAGAAAGAAAUAUUAAUCAACCCCUACACUUACAGCCAAGCCCUGAAAAUAUCAAUGUUGUUGGCUUACAACACCCAUUACCACUACCAGAAGGCCCAUCAAAUCCAAAAGGAUUUAUAAAUCAAACACCCAACUACAAUCAAGAACAAUACCCUCCACGAAUAAAUCCUAAUCAGUAUCCAAAUUCUCAACAUCAAAAUAAUGCUAACAAAAAUCCCAAUAGUUAUACAGAUGGACAGCUACAUCAGCGGCCAGAUCUCCAAGAAGCAAUCCAUAAUAAUAAAAAACAAAAUAAAUAUCCAAUCCCCAAUUUUGAAGCUAUUGAUUCUCCCUCACCUCAACAGUCUCACCCUAUACCUGGUUUAUUGGACCAUCACAAGACCUAUGAUAAUUACCAAUACCCUAUGAAUUCAGAGUAUUUGCCAAGUCCAGGAAAUCAUCCACCUAACGCAGAAUCCCCACCAACAUUGGAUCAACCUACAACUGGAAUAUCAGGAAAUUCUGCGCCUGCAUUUGCAUAUUCACCUCCAUCACAAGCGGUUGAGUCACUUCCAGAUCCGCAAGAGCCACAAAGUUUUGAUAACUACACAAAUAAAAAUCAACACUUAGAAUUAACAAAGGACCAACAAAUAUCAGAAAAUAUUGACAGUAAUGAGCCAUUUGAUUUUGAUGUUGAUAAUCAUACCCUAGAUAAUUUACAUACCCCUCCACAACUACCGUUUGAACCAUAUUCAAAUGAAAAUAGUUUAGAAUAUACUGACAGUGGAAAAAAUCCGAACAUUAAAGAAUAUAAUGAUCCUCAUUCACCACCACUACAAGAAAAUCCAAAUACAUCAGGGAACUUUGAUGAUCCUGGGUCAAAUGGUGAUUAUUUUCUUCCUGAACACAAUUCUCCACAAAAUAUAUAUAAGAUACCUCACAAAGAAAAUAGUUCGGAUGUACUUGAUGAUACCACUGAGGGUUUCACUUACCCACCCAGUUCCGAAGAUAUCACUCAUUCAAAUAAUUUAAGUGAACAUCCACACCCUAAUACGAGUUCAACGGAUAAUCCAGAUUUUAAUAUUCGUGGACUUGAUACCGGAUUCGAGUACAUAUCGGAGUCUACUGAAGAUACAACCCACACAAAACGUCCUAUUAGUGAAACAGAAAUACCUUAUAAUUUUGAUGAUCAUGGAUCUGGCGGUGCAUACACAUCUAAAUCUGUUGAAAACCAAAAUAAAAGUCCUUGGAAACCACACGUUUCAACAACGGUUUCACCACGUAAUCGUAAUCCAGAAAUAGGUGAAUACAAACCAUUCUUUAACAAUUCAUGGUCACCAAAAGAGGUAGAUAAAAUUCAUGAAUCUGAAAGUGCCUCGACACCCAAACUUAACCAUGAUUACAACGAAUUAGAAGAUGGAAGGGCUACUGUUUGGAAUCCAACAGAAUCGGAAAACGAAUUGCUUCAUUUAAAUUCAAAUGUUUUAGCGAAUUUAUUGUCAGUUGUUAACGGUACAAAAAAUAUGAACAAAUUGUAUCCAUCACUGAUAUUGUUAAUUAAAAGUCUUACUAAACCAAACCUUAAUAAUUCCGAAUUUGACGACAGUGGUUUAGACGAAGUUGACUUUUUACCUGUUUUAUUAUCAAUACUCGCUAAAUAUCAAGAUGACAUUAACAAACUAAACCAUAAAUUGUAUAAUACUAAUAAAAGUAAUGUAAUUUUGCUGGAAAAAAUUACAGCAAAUGAAUAUAAACCUGAAGACGAAAUAGAUGUACAAAGAAUUUACGAUAUGCUUUCUAAAUUACCUACAUUGGACAUCAAUAUAACAAAUAUUAAUGUAACGAAUGACGAUGUAGAAGAAUAUUUAUUGAAAUUAAUACAUAAUAUUCAAGAAAAAGCUUUAGAAACAACGACAUAUCCUGGAGAUGAUAAAAUAACCAUAACUGCUAAAUUUAAGUCAAGCACACCAGCCGCCUCUCAUUCGAAAUAUCCAGAUUUACAAAAGGUAUUACAAGAAUUUCAAGACGGAGAUCCGUUGGAUCUGCUAGCUCUGGUAAAUAAUCUGCCUGUAGAUAAUACAAGUCAAGGUGAUAGUGAUGACAAGCCCAUAAAAUCAAGAUUUUCGAAUCCAAAGCCUAACCAUAUGUUUAAAGGUGAUGGUAAUGACAAGCCCAUACAAUCAAGAUAUUCGAAUCCAAAGCCUAACUAUAUGUUUAAAGGUGAUGGUGAUGACAAACCCAUACAAUCAGGUUAUUCGAAUCCAAAGCCUAAUUAUAUGUUUAAAGGUGAUGGUGAUGACAAGCCCAUACAAUCAGGUUAUUUGAAUCCAAAGCCUAACCAUAUGUUUAAAGGUGAUGGUGAUACCAAACCCAUACAAUCAAGAUUUUCGAAUCCAAAGCCUAAUCAUAUGUUUAAACAUAAAUUAAAAGAUCAAAAAGAAGAAUGCGGAGAUGGAACAGUAUGGCUUAAAAAUUGCCACGAGUGUAGAUGUAAGUCAGGCCACGCGUAUUGUAUUAAAAUUCCUGAUUGCGUCCCGAGACCGUUGGAUGAACCAAUGAUGUGCAAGCCAUUUACGCAUUUCAACAUGGGCGCAUGUUAUACUUGUGAAUGUAAUGCCGACGGAAUUCCUGAAUGUGAUGGUUCAAAUUGUGCAGGACAUGUUCCACCGAUGGAUGAAGAGAUAGAUAAAGGGAAAGAGUUCUUCGAUGAGGAAAAGACGAAGGAAAUUAUUCAAUACUACAAUACCUACAAAAAACUGCCUAAAGAAUGUUCAGAUUCGAGUUUCUUGUACCAAACAUGUAAACCAGGAACUAGCUGGACCAGUGAUUGUCAUGACUGCAAAUGUAACGACAAAGGCAAACAUGAAUGUACCAAGACGAAAGAGUGCGAUAUGCGUAAUGUUCAUUAUUAUGAUGGAGCAAGCAAAUGUAAGCCGAAUACGAAAUUUUAUCCGAAGUCAAGUGGUAUGCCGUGUGUAGAAUGUUCGUGCGAUGAUAACGGAGAACCUCACUGUCCCACAAACGAUCACAGAAAAUGAGUGUUAUACAUUGAGAUUAAUACAAAUAUUUUUAUACGACAUGCAUUAUGUUAAGUUUACAGCAAUGUAAUGUUUUUGAGAAGAUGUCUAAUAUUAAGUCAUUAAUGUCUUCUUUGUACCGUUAUGUCUAGUUAGGCCUAGUAUAUACGACGCGUCAUGUGACGAAUGCGUGCAACCUACAAAUAUGCAAUAAUUCAUCGUGCAAUCAAUGUAUGAAGUGCGGUUGACGUGGACAAUAGGAUUUUUUUAAUACUUUGAAUCGACGCUACGCAACGUGCG